AUGGGUGUCAACAAGGGGGACGUGAUUAGCGUGCUCUUGACCCCCGAAUGGGCCAUCCAGACUGUGGAAUGGAGCCAGAGGUUCCUAAUCUACAAAACAGAUUACUACCGUGUUUCCUUCACCAAUGCCAAGAGUGAGACCACCCAGAGCACCGACCCGGAAGACUCGGGUCUUCUCUUCAUUGCGAAGGAUAGAGUAGACGCUUUCAAAGCUCUUGAUAUGGGGAAGACAGAUCAGGAUGUCUGCACUGUCACCGUAUCGACUGAAUUUCUGUAUGGUCAAAGCAAAGAUGGAAAGAAACGCUUUCUUGUGUUCCAUGACAAACGCUUGCGAAUCUUUCAACACCGCUUUAUGCAGGGCGGUAUUAUGGAUGCUAUGAAAUCAGCUCAGGAAAUGGCGACAAAGCUCAAGGAAGGGUUUGGAGAUGAGUUGCAGCCAUUUAAGUGA